AUGCGGUCUGACCUCACUUCCGUAGCGCUAGCCGCUCUUUUCGCUUCUGUUAUUGCCGGUCCAAUUCAUGAAGCCAAAGACAGCGCCCAGAAACGAGACACCAGCUACAGAGACUUCUUGGGCUUCAGGAGACAGCUUAUGUCCACCGUGACAGUACCAGCUGCGGAGGCCACAUGCACGCCUUGCGUAUCCGGAUCAGUUGAGACAGUGACAGUCACUGAAACCGCCAUAGAAACCCUCACAGUCGCUGGAUGUGGCUCCGGCUAUGGUGGUCUAAUGACUACGGUCACUCAAGCAAAUCCCCAAACCGUCACCGUUGUCCAAUCUGGAACUGUCAUCCAACCUCCUCUGAUUCAAACGGUCUAUGUCACCGCGCCAGCUGCACCCCCUCCCGGGCCACCUGCAUCUGCCGAAGGACUCCUCACAUACUCUGCUGCCGGUCCGAGUGUAGUGACUCUCACCGGUCCAGGCGGUAUUCAAAGCGUCAUGUCACUCACCCGAGGCCGGAAUGUAGUCACUGUCGACAACGUGGCAAGCAUUCCGACAUCGAUUUACGAGCGCCCCCUAAAGCCUAGCGUUGUGACUGUCACCGCCGGCUCGCAAACCGCUGUUGCCACUCUAAGCGAAGGGCCCAACGUGGUAGCCGUUGGCUCAGGCGAUCGGGUCAUCUACGUUACAGUCACCCGGACUGAAGCCGCCGUCCCUGAAGCCUCCGCUCCUCGGAACAUCGCCACCGCUGGAGACGUCAUCGACAUCGGGUCUGGCUCUGGUGAAGCCGUCAAGACUCUGAGCCAAGGCAAGAACAUGAUCCCAGUCACUCGCGGAGGUGUCGUCUCCACGAUCUACAUCACGGCUAGCGCUCCCCAGGCGUCCGCUCCGGCUGGUGGUGUGGUUACACUGACCCAGAAUGGCGGAUCAAAGGUCGUCCAGACUCUUACUGAAGGACCCAAUGUUGUCACUUAUGCUGAAGGUGGGCGCCAGCCCAGUGUUGUCACGAUCACGGUGCCUGCGGGUCCUACACCAGGAUAUGGAAAUGGUGGCUCGUCUGGCUCCUCUGGCUCAUGCGAACACGUUUCGGUCACGGUCAACAUCGUUAUCUACCAGUUCAUCCACCCAGGCUACAUUCAGACCAUCACUCAGUCUGCCAUUGGACAUAACGUCACUUCUAUUGCCUCCUCUCCUCCAGUAACAGUCACUACCACAAUCACUUUGGUUGAAGGCGCUUCAGCCACCGCUCUUCCAGGUAUCAACAAUGGCACCAUCAUCUCAAACAACACCAUGGUCCUUGACGACGCCACUGUCCUCAAUAACGGCACGGUUCUCAGCGGCUCGAACCCGUCCUACAAUGAAACAGCCCUCUACCCAAACACCACCCACCCAGCUGUCAAACCGAUGCUCCCAGGAUCGAACCCAUCUGCCCCGGCAUACGAAAUGAAGCCCCUACCCCUACACAACGAGACCGUAUCCGGAACAAACGGCACGAACACCGGGUCGAACGGUACUGAUGUCGCUAUAAACGGUCCUGUACCCCUUGACGAGACCACGAGCUCCACGACUUUGACGACUACCUCUCCUGCUUAUCAUCCAUCUGCCACCGUGACUUCAUCACUAUCCCCGUCCCUUGCGACACUUUCCGCCGCCUCCGCCUCUGUUUCAUCGUCCGCCUCCAUCUCCUCGACAAGAACAGCCGAUAGAAACGCCGGGAGGGCCUCCUCCUCCGCUGCUUCCAGCUCAGUCUCUCUACCCGCCAAGAUCUAUCCAAUGAAAUCAGCCGAUCUAAAGGCCGAGACGGCCUUCCCCUCCGCUACCUCCAGAUCAGUCUCUCCACCCGCCUCCACCUCCUCCCCAAAAACAUCCGCUAGAAGAAACGCCUCGACCCCCUCUUCCUACCCUGCCCCCGCCGCCGCCGGCAUCUCCUCCACAAAGAAAGACAACAGCAGCAAGCUCCGAACCCUCUCCCCUCCCUCUCCCAGAUCCUCCUCCUCCGCCACCAAGGCCGCACCUGAAUCCCCAGAACAGUACGCUGCCGUCCCCUUCCCCGCCAUCACCGGCUCCAGCGCGCAGCUCGAAAAGAUUUAA